AUGGCCAGCGUGCAAACCAACGACGCGGCGCCAUCCCCACUCGUGGCGCGCGCGCGCGAUACAUGGGCGCAGAUGCGUGCAUAUGCACAGAGCCCCAUGCCAGCAUACUCACUUGCUGCACUUUGUGCUGUCGCCAUGCCAUUUGGCCUUGGUCAUGUUGCUAGCGCCGCCAAAGUCCCGAGACUCGUGCCGCCGUAUUGGCAGUUGCUUGGGUUUGGCGGAUUCUUUAGUGGGGGUGGCUACAUUAUCUCGCAGGGAGACGUGUUGAAUGGCAGCGGCGUCGUUACAGCGUGGUCCCUAACAUACCUCACAUUCAAGACGCUGCCGACGCUGCCGUGGCUCUACCGCUCGCCAUUGUCCUUGUGCUUGAGUUUGGCUGUGGGGAGCAUUGGGCUUGGCGUCUCUCUUCCCAUCGAAGCAUGA